AUGCCACUGACAACUAUCAAAACGGAAAACGUAAAGGACGAGGAAAAGCGCACGAAAAGGAAAAGAAUAUCCGAUAUGAGGGUUGACUUGCGCGGACUGAAGUGCGCAUCCGCACUCCGUAAAGCUGCGAUGUACGAAAGCAGCUGCUCAUACGCCGGGGCUCUAGAACUCAAGCGGAGUGCACUGAAGGAAGAACCCUGGCCUACCACAGAAUGGCCGCCCUACCGCCUGCACCAGUCAACCUUCGAACAACUGAAGCAAAGUGUCGAAAAAGCCAAAGCAGCGCUUCAAGACCGUUCAGGAUUACUGGGAUCAGCGACGGCCUUCGGGGAUUUUUAUGGGGGGCAGUUGGGACAAGACACUACAACCAGUUUAGGGUUUGGAAGGACGAGGACAGAUGACUCGAUGAUCGGAUCAAUUGAUAAAAGUAAAUCUUUAGGUUCAGACAAAAUAUCUGGCAGUCUCGGAAAAGGAUAUUCUACGCCGACGCUCUCAGAGACGCUCAGAGCAACAAAAUGUACUGAUGCAUCCUACAAAAGUACUUGGUCUUCACAUGCCACAUCACAGGGUUCACAAGGCUAUGGCACCAAUUCACUGUCAGCCAUGUCAAAGACGACACUUGAGGCGCACACGCAUUUACGUCAACCAGAUCCAUAUCAAAUGUUUGGUCCUACGAGCAGUCGUCUAGCAAACUCAGGAUCAGGCCAAAUCCAGUUGUGGCAGUUCCUCUUAGAGCUACUGAGUGACUCCAGCAACGCUGGCUGCAUCACCUGGGAAGGGACUAACGGAGAGUUCAAACUGACGGACCCAGAUGAAGUGGCCCGACGGUGGGGCGAAAGGAAAUCCAAGCCAAAUAUGAACUACGACAAGCUAAGCAGGGCACUGAGAUAUUACUACGACAAAAACAUAAUGACCAAGGUCCAUGGGAAAAGAUAUGCGUACAAGUUCGAUUUCCAAGGCUUGGCUGCGGCCACGCAACCAGCGGCUAGCGAUCCCGCUUAUAAGUACCAGAGCGACCUCUUUAUGAGUUCGUAUCACCACUCGGCGAAACUCUCGUCUUUCAUGGCCCCACACGCCGCGAUGCCAACGUCGACAGCGUCAAUAUUCCCAUCUGCUUCGUGGGGCAACUGGGGUGGUGGGGGCAGCAACCUCUACUCCCCCCACUCUAUGGCGCCCCCCCACGUGACGUCACAUCUGGGCUCCUACCCGCACUACGCAUGA